GCAAAGCGCCGUGGGAGUUUCCAGAUAACCCAACGCUAAUAACUAGAAAGAGAAACGUGACUGGUUACGUAACUUGCCAAGGGGGUAAUUUGCUCCACCGGUUGCUGCUGGGCGUAUAAGGAACUACUACGACUCUCCUCGGCUUCCAGUUGCUUUAGUAGAUAUUAUUUGAAAACGACGACAACAUAGCACAUUCACAGCUGACAUUUUGCAUUACAUGUUUCAAGUCAGCGUCGAGCAGACUGCGACAGUAGUCUUGAUACAGCUGGGAAGGUGGAGAGAGGCCAUAGGCAGACGCUGAUUAUGGCUGCCGUCCAUCACCAAGGGUACCCUCUCAGGGACUCGCUAUACUGGGAUGAAACGGAGUGUCUAAACUACUAUGGGAUGCUGUCUCUCCAUGAGGUCUUUGAAAUAGUUGGUUCUCAGCUGACAGAGACUGACAUUGAGGUGCUGUCAUUCCUUCUGAAUGAAACCUGUUCUGCACAACACCCUCUUGACCCAGAAGGCUGGACAGUUGAGCACCAUGAAGGUGAUCCAGAUGACUCAGAUGUGUCCCCGAGUCCCGAGUUGCUAAAGGCCUGGAGGCGUCUAAAGCCUCAGGCCUCCCAGCAUCCCUUAGUGGCCUCACAUGAGCCCAAGAGUGGCCUUGAGCUGUUGCUAGAGCUAGAAAGGCGAGGAUACCUCAGUGAUGGCAACCUGGAGCCACUCCUGCAACUACUAAGAGUCCUCACCCGUCAUGAUCUGCUGCCUUUAGUGUCCCACAAGAAAAGGAGGACAGUUUCUCCAGAGAGAACUGGAUGGAGGUAUGGAACCGAGAACAGGGAGUUGGUGUGCGUCUCUGGAAUGCGACACAGCUGUAGACAGACAGAAAUACCUUUUCCAUCUUUCACACAACAAUUGAGAACUGGUAUUUACCCUCCUAUGCCUGAGCCAACCGCUAGAAGGAGGAGGAAGAAGAGGGGAAAUGGCUGGAGCCGUAGGCCCAAGAAAACAGGCAGACAGGGCCAGCCACUGCAUCCACCACCACCACCACCACCGCAUAAAGUGUCCUGUGAUAUCCGCCUGCGUGUCCGGGCUGAAUACCUGGAGCAUGAGUCGGCACUCCGCGACGGUGUCUCCUCGGAUAAGCAGCAGCCGCUGGAGCGGCAGUUUGAGUUGUUCAGCCAAGCCAGCUUGCUGCUGCGUGCCAGAGACCUUGGUUCCAUCGUCUGCGACAUCAAGUUCACAGAACUGGACAACCUUGAGGCCUUCUGGGGUGACUACCUAAGCGGAGCUCUGCUGGAGGCCCUGAAGGGAGUUUUCAUCACAGACUCCCUGAGGAUGGCAGCGGGCACAGAGGGAGUCCGCCUGCUGAUCAGUGUGGACCAGGAUGACUAUGAGGAUGGCCGAAGGCUGCUGAGAGCCAGGAGAGCCAGUAAUGGUGGGCGCACAGAGACUCAGUGGGCUGUGUAGGCUGAUAAGACUUUCGUGUAUAUUAUAUUGACUAUGAAGAAUGGAAUUGUAAGGAAUUCUAUUGAAAGUUAAGGAUACUGGCAAAUUUUUGAAACAUUUUUAAGGCCUCUUUUUGUAAUUGCAAUCCAUGUAAUAACCACUAGAUGGCAGCACUUACCAUUGGUUGUUUUUGUUCAUAACAGGGCCUUCAUUUUCAAUAGUCAUUCAGUUUUUAGUUGAACCAUUGUCAUUAUUUGAAAAAGAAAUGUGAAUAAUAAUGGAUCAAUGUGCUUUUCCUUUGGAUUCAUGCGCAGGUGCUACUUUAUAGGACACCAGGAUGAAACAAGAUACGUCAAGAUUUUUCCUUUUUAGUCUCACUGAGAACAGGAGCAAGCAAGCCUGUGCCACAAGAUCAAGUGGUAAGCCCUUCCUAACAUAAUAAAUGUUAAUUAUAAACAAUUAUAAAUAAGACACCUGGGCUGCCACAAAUUACACAAAAUACUAUGUAGUGGUGACACACUGACAUGCUCGUAGUUAGGGUUUUGGACCAAACACAGGCUUAAUGAGCCACAAUAAUACCAAACUCUUGCGCAUUUUGUCAAUAUUUACACAUAGACAGUGGGCAUCCAAUUCCAACAUGGCUCUUGAAAUAUUUCAAAUACAAACUGACCAAUAUACUCAACAAAUCAUUCUUUAAAGACAUUUUUGACAUGAGGCAUAAUAUGAAUUUUCACUGGCACUGAUGCUAGCCUAAUCAAAACUAAUUUAAAGAACAAAGUUACCUCGCAGGAAAAGUUUCUGUUCUUUGAAAAAUGUGUGAGAAAAUUGAGCAAGUGGACUGCUCUCAGUAUAAACUGACCUUUGGUCUAACUUUGGAGAUCCUAGUCCACAUAUAUAUACACCUAGAUAACAAACACUAGGAUUCUCAGCCUUGUGUACCACGAUAACCCAACUUGUGAUUGCCGUGGUCAGUGGAUACAGCAGUUGCCAGUAGAUGACAGCAGUGAUUAGGGCUAGGCCUCAGCAGACCAUGGAGGAUUCAUCAUCACAAGCUUGUCAACAGCUACUCGGAUAAUGCAAUGGUGGCUUGUGUCCGGGCUUCCAGCGAGGCCCCAGCAAGUGCUUCUCUCAGCAAGUAAAGCACAGGACAGUGCGUCGGUCAAUAGAAGUGAUGUUGGGGAGAUCAAAAUCAAAAGUGCACAUCCCAGCUCCACUCAGCCCUGCUAUGUUGGCCCAGUAGAGUGGCUCAUGGACAGCUGUCUACUCACCCUGCUGGAACUAAUGCCUGGACUUCACUCAUAGAAGACGAUCAAUAAGGCCCCUCACUCUAAGUCCCUUCAUACAGGCACGACUUAAGCAGACAGAUUUGCUACUGUCUGAAGUGCAAGGCCCUGCCGGCUGGGCAGAGGGAGGGACAAUGGACAAUAUCCAUGUUUACUCUUGUGUUUUUGGUAAACAAAUUUAUUAACAUAUGUUUGUAUUGUUUAUAAGAGGAAAAAAAAAAAACAUUAUUCAGGAGAAUAUUUGUUAAGAAAAUUUGCUUUUG